CGUCCAGCAGCUGAUCGGUAAUCCAGAAGAAGUUUCCCCUCAGUUAGGGGGGAGCUCCACUUUGAAGCAGGAGACUCCACAACCACCCUUCAUUAAAAAGGAAGAGGAGGAACUCUGCAUCACUCAGGAGGGAGAGUGUCUUCUAGGACGAGAGGAAGCUGAUUACACCAAGUUUCCACUGAGUAUUCUCUCCGUGAAGACUGAAGAUGAUGAAGAGAAACCACAAGUAGACAACCUCGUAGCUCCACUAACAGAUAGUGAGGCUGAAGACGAGGUUGAAGAACCUUUGAGCAGUGAUACAGACUGUGAAGGUGAUAUGAGGACUCACACUGACAACAAACACUCUGAAUGCUCUACAAAGAAGAGAUGUGAAACAUGUUUGAGCUGCUCAGUUUGUGCUGAAAGUUUUACUAAAAAGAGCCAUUUGACUCAACACAUGAGAACACAUAUGGGCGAAAAACCAUUUAAGUGUUCAGUUUGUGGCAAAAGCUUUUCUCAAAGUAGCUUUUUGACUCAACACAUGAGAACACACACAGGUGAAAAACCAUUUAAUUGUUCCGUUUGUGACAAAAGCUUUUCUCGAAAUAGCUCUUUGACUGAACACAUGAGAACACACACAGGAGAAAAAACAUUUAUUUGUUCAGUUUGUGGUAAAAGCUUUUCUCUAAAUUGCCGUUUGACUGAACAUAUGAGAACACACACAGGUGAAAAACCAUUUAAGUGUUCAGUUUGUGGCAAAAACUUUUCUCAAAAUAGCAUUUUGACUCAACACAUGAGAACACACACAGGUGAAAAACCAUUUAGUUGUUCAGUUUGUGGCGAAAGCUUUUCUCGAAAUUGCCGUUUGACUCAACACAUGAUUACACACACAGGUGAAAAACCAUUUAAAUGUUUAGUUUGUGGCAAAAGCUUUUCUCAAAAUUGCCGUUUGACUCAACACCUGAGAACACACACAGGUGAAAAAUUAUGUAAUUGUUCAGUUUGUGGCAAAAUCUUUUAUCAAAAUACCUCUUUGACUCAACACAUGAGAACACACACAGGUGUAAAACCAUUUAACUGUUCGAUUUGUGGUGAAAACUUUUCUAUUAAGAGCCGUUUGACUGAACACAUGAGAACACACACAGGUGAAAAACCAUUUAGUUGUUCACUGUGCUGUAAAAGGUUCACAUAUAAUGCAGAUGCAGUAAAACACAUAAGAACACACAAGGCAAAAUAA